AUGCACAAACUUUCAUCUGAUAUAAAAACCAGAGAGCGACCGUCGGCGAGCUUACUCGCCGGAAAUUCGCUCUUUCUCGUCGGAGCUACCGGAACUUUAAUUUCUCCCGAUUGUACCUUCGAAUUGGGGUUAUUUUUGACGCGGCUCCUUUUCAAGGAGCCGUUUGCGCGUAAUUAUUCGUCGCUUUUCCUUUUUUUUAGCGUUUCAGAUUACAAUGCAGAGGGGAAGAGGUUCCUGUUGCGGCGGAAGGCAUGGGAUCUCUUCUCCCUGAAAAUCCUGUGUUCUGGAGCGUCGAGAGAUUCGGUUUUUUUGUUGUAUUCCAAUUCAGAAGGGGCGGAGGGUGGUGGUGAUUUAGCAAGGGAGAAAGUUUUCAGUAUUUUCCGGACAAGCUGCAGAAUGCCUUCUGAAGUAAUGGAGAAGAGGGGUGUGUCUACCUCAUCCCACUUUUUGGAUGACAUUUCCUAUGCUUCUGAGAAGAAUAUUGGAUUACGGAAGCCAAAAUCUAUUCAUGACCAUUUUCUACAGGGGAAGAGUGAAAUGGUAGCGUCAACUGAUAGUAUUUUGAAUACUUCAUCACCUCGUGCAACAAGUGCAAAAACCGGGUUGCCAAUGUCUCAGACUACUCUAUCUGGGGAAAUUACUGAAGACCUACAGUUUGGUAGAGAAGCAGGCACUAUAGAGAUGCUGAAUGAUUCCACAGAAUCAUUUAAUUAUAUUAAGAGGUCAUGGUCUAAUUUGCAUAGGCAGCCAGCAUCUAGCUCAUAUGGUCUAAUUGGGAGUAAGAUUGUCACCAAUGCUGCCUCAAGUGAAAGUAGUCUAUUUUCAAGCUCGCUGUCUGAAAUGUUUAGCCAAAAGUUGAGGUUUUUGGGGAAUGGAGUGCUGUCUGAUCAACCCAUUACUAUUGGUUCCCGUCCUGAGGAAGAACCGCAAAAAUCUCUUGAAAUUGAGGCUGACACGAUUGGAAAUCUCCUUCCUGAUGAAGAUGACCUGUUUUCUGGAGUCACUGACGAAUUAGGAAGUAGUACUCGAGCCAGAAUGAAUGAUGAUUUUGAAGAUUUUGAUUUGUUCAGCAGCAGUGGAGGCAUGGAAUUGGAAGGAGAUGAACAUCUAAUUUCUGGAAAAAGAACCAGUUUUGUGGAUGAAGAUCCUGAUUAUUUUGGAGUUUCUAAAGGAAAAGUUCCUUUUGGUGAACAAUCUUCUAGAACACUUUUUGUUAGAAACAUCAAUAGCAAUGUUGAAGACUCUGAGCUUAAGGCUCUCUUUGAGCAAUAUGGAGAUAUCCGAACCAUAUACACUGCCUGCAAGCAUCGUGGGUUUGUAAUGAUUUCUUAUUAUGAUCUAAGGGCAGCACAAAAUGCAAUGCAAGCACUUCAAAAUAGGUCUUUGAGAUCUAGGAAACUCGAUAUACAUUAUUCAAUUCCAAAGGGCAAUGCUCCAGAGAAAGAUAUUGGCCAUGGUACACUGAUGAUAUCUGAUCUUGAUUCAUCUGUCUUGAAUGAUGAACUUAAACAUAUUUUUGGUUUUUAUGGAGAAAUCAGAGAUAUCUAUGAAUGUCCACAAUUAAAUCAUGUCAAAUUUAUCGAAUUUUAUGAUGUCCGAGCUGCAGAAGCUUCUCUUUGUGCAUUGAAUGGGAUCUGCUUUGCUGGGAAGCACAUUAAGCUUGAACCUGGCCUUCCCAAGUUUGCAACAUGUAUGAUGCAGCAGUCUCAGAAGGGACAAGAUGAACCUGGUCUUGGUCAUAGUCUUAGUGAAAGCAUUUCCUUUAGACAUAAGGCAGGAGUGUCAUCUGGAUUUAUUGCAUCUGCUGGCAGCUUGGAAAAUGGAUAUAAUCAGGGAUUUCAUUCUGCAACACGGCUAUCUGCUUUCGUUGAUAACUCACUAUUUAAUAUGAAUUCUAACAUUCACAAAACCUCAAGAGGGGCAUCGACUGGAAAAGUAUCUGGUGUUUUUGAGGCCAAUAACACUAUUGACGCAAUGAAAUUUGCAUCUGUUUCAAGGUUCCAUCCUCAUUCUUUACCUGAAUAUCGCGAUAGUUUAGCUAAUGGCAGUCCUUACAACGUCUCAAGUACCAUUAGCAUGGCUGCCAAGAUUGGAACUGGGUCAACAGAAUCAUCUGGCAGCAGGCACAUUCAGGGAAUAAACUCAAGUGGGAACCUAGCAGAGUUUAAUGGAGGAGGAAAUGGAAACCGCCCCAAUCAUGGACUUUAUCAAAUGUGGAAUGGCUCCAACUUGCAACAGCAACAGCAACCUCCCUCAAAUGCCAUGCUUUGGCAGAAAACACCAUCCUUUGUUAAUGGUGCUUGUUCUCCAUGUCUCCCACAGAUACCCAGUUUUCCUAGAACACCUCCCCAUGUGCUUAGAGCAUCACAUUUAGACCAUCAAGUAGGAUCAGCUCCGGUUGUUACAGCCUCGCCCUGGGAAAGACAACAUUCUUACCUGGGAGAGUCACCUGAUGCUUCUGGUUUUAGAUUGGGUUCUGUAGGAAGUCCAGGCUUUCAUGGUAGCUGGCAGUUGCAUCCUCCUGCUUCUCACAACAUAUUUUCUCAUGCUAGUGGAAAUGGUACAGAAUUGACGUCAACUGCUGGGCAGGGCUCUCCUAAGCAGCUAUCAAACGUUUUCCCUGGGAGACUUCCAAUGAAUUUGGUUUCUAAAUUUGAUUCUACCAAUGAACGAAUGAGAAACCUCUAUCCUCGGAGAAGCGAACCAAACACUAACAACAAUGCAGAUAAAAAACAAUAUGAACUUGACCUAGGUCGCAUAUUGCGUGGGGAUGACAACCGAACAACACUCAUGAUAAAAAAUAUUCCCAAUAAGUAUACAUCAAAGAUGCUUCUUGCUGCGAUAGAUGAACAAUGUCGAGGAACAUAUGAUUUUCUGUAUUUGCCAAUUGAUUUCAAGAACAAAUGUAAUGUUGGCUAUGCAUUCAUCAAUAUGAUUGAUCCUGGUCAAAUUAUUCCAUUCCACAAGGCUUUUAACGGGAAAAAAUGGGAGAAGUUCAACAGUGAAAAGGUAGCAGUACUCGCAUAUGCCAGAAUUCAAGGAAAAGCUGCUCUUAUUGCUCAUUUUCAGAAUUCAAGCCUGAUGAAUGAAGAUAAACGUUGCCGCCCUAUUCUUUUCCAUACAGAUGGCCCAAAUGCUGGCGAUCCAGAGCCUUUCCCCUUGGGUAACAAUAUUAGAGUGAGGCCUGGAAAAUCUCGCGCUAAUGGUAGUGAGGAGAACCGCAGCCAAGGGAUUCCUUCAUCUUUGGCAAGUGGAGAAGAGUAUGGGUCCUCGAGCUCUUCAAAAAACUCUGACUGA